UCGGCUUUUCUCUUCCUUCGGCUGCCGGCGCCAGCACGUCCUGUUUUCGUUGGCCGCGCUGGGAUGGCCGCCGCCGGUGUAGCCGUAGCUAGUGCUUAGCGCGGAUCUUUGCCGGGCGCUGAGGGCAGCGCAGUCUCCUUGUUUGUCCCGUUCGCCUGCGCGUGGUACUCAAGGGCACCAGCAUUCCCGCGGUCGGCAGCAUGGGUCGGGAGUCACGCCACUAUCGAAAACGAUCGGCAUCACGGGGUCGCUCUGGAAGUCGGUCUAGAAGUCGCUCACCCUCAGACAAAAGAAGUAAACGUGGAGAUGACAGGCGAUCUAGAAGCAGAGAUAGAGAUAGGAGGAGAGAGAGGUCUCGUAGCAGGGAUAAAAGAAGAUCUCGGUCAAGGGACAGGAAGCGUCUGAGACGUUCCAGAAGCAGAGAGAGAGACAGAAGCCGAGAGCGAAGAAGAUCUCGAAGUAGAGACCGGAGACGCUCAAGGAGUAGAAGCCGGGGCCGGCGAUCCCGAUCCUCCAGUCCUGGCAAUAAAAGCAAGAAAAUUGAGAAUAGAUCUAGGUCCAAAGAGAAAACUGAUGGUGGGGAAAGCUCUAAAGAGAAGAAAAAAGACAAAGAUGACAAGGAGGAUGAAAAAGAAAAAGAUGCUGGCAACUUUGACCAGAAUAAGCUGGAAGAAGAAAUGAGAAAGCGAAAAGAAAGAGUAGAAAAAUGGCGAGAAGAGCAACGUAAAAAGGCUAUGGAAAACAUAGGAGAACUGAAAAAGGAAAUCGAAGAGAUGAAACAAGGGAAAAAAUGGAGUUUAGAGGACGAUGAUGAUGAUGAAGAUGAUCCUGCAGAAGCUGAAAAGGAAGGAAAUGAAAUGGAGGGUGAGGAGUUAGAUCCAUUAGAUGCUUACAUGGAAGAAGUGAAAGAGGAAGUAAAAAAAUUUAACAUGAGAAGUGUAAAAGGUGGUGGGGGAAAUGAAAAGAAGUCUGGGCCAACGGUCACAAAAGUUGUCACUGUUGUGACAACCAAAAAAGCAGUUGUGGAUUCUGAUAAGAAGAAAGGUGAGCUGAUGGAGAAUGACCAGGAUGCCAUGGAGUAUUCUUCAGAGGAGGAAGAAGUUGAUCUUCAGACAGCCCUUACAGGGUAUCAAACAAAACAGCGAAAGCUUCUAGAACCAGUUGAUCAUGGAAAAAUUGAAUAUGAGCCAUUUAGGAAAAACUUCUAUGUCGAAGUUCCAGAACUAGCAAAAAUGUCUCAAGAAGAGGUAAAUGUGUUUCGAUUGGAAAUGGAGGGCAUUACAGUUAAAGGAAAAGGUUGUCCCAAACCAAUUAAAUCCUGGGUCCAGUGUGGAAUUUCCAUGAAGAUCUUAAAUUCCCUCAAAAAGCAUGGCUAUGAAAAGCCCACGCCCAUCCAAACCCAAGCUAUUCCUGCUAUAAUGUCUGGACGAGAUUUGAUUGGCAUUGCCAAAACAGGAAGUGGAAAGACCAUUGCUUUUCUGUUGCCCAUGUUUAGACACAUCAUGGAUCAGAGGUCAUUAGAAGAAGGAGAGGGGCCAAUAGCUGUCAUCAUGACUCCAACUCGAGAACUGGCUUUACAGAUUACUAAAGAGUGUAAGAAGUUUUCCAAGACUUUGGGACUUAGAGUGGUCUGUGUUUAUGGAGGAACAGGAAUCAGUGAGCAGAUUGCUGAGCUGAAAAGAGGUGCUGAAAUUAUUGUUUGCACACCUGGUCGAAUGAUUGACAUGUUAGCGGCUAACAGUGGUCGGGUCACAAAUCUUCGAAGAGUGACAUAUGUUGUUUUAGAUGAAGCAGACAGAAUGUUUGAUAUGGGUUUUGAACCCCAGGUCAUGCGCAUCGUGGAUAAUGUUCGUCCUGAUCGACAGACGGUUAUGUUUUCAGCUACUUUCCCCAGAGCUAUGGAGGCUUUGGCUCGCAGGAUCCUGAGUAAACCUAUUGAAGUACAAGUUGGAGGCAGGAGUGUGGUUUGCUCGGAUGUGGAGCAACAAGUGAUUGUGAUUGAAGAAGAAAAGAAAUUCUUGAAGUUACUUGAGCUUCUAGGCCAUUAUCAAGAGUCAGGAUCUGUCAUUAUAUUUGUGGAUAAGCAGGAACAUGCUGAUGGUCUUCUAAAGGAUUUAAUGAGAGCAUCUUAUCCUUGCAUGUCUCUUCAUGGAGGCAUUGAUCAAUAUGACAGAGAUAGCAUCAUAAAUGACUUUAAGAACGGGACCUGCAAACUUCUUGUGGCUACGUCUGUUGCUGCCCGAGGUCUAGAUGUGAAACAUCUGAUUCUUGUAGUAAAUUAUAGCUGCCCCAACCAUUAUGAGGAUUAUGUACACAGAGCAGGGCGGACUGGAAGAGCAGGCAACAAGGGUUAUGCUUAUACUUUUAUCACAGAAGAUCAAGCUCGCUAUGCUGGUGACAUAAUUAAAGCUCUUGAAUUGUCAGGGACCGCAGUACCUCCUGAUUUAGAGAAACUGUGGAGUGAUUUCAAAGAUCAGCAGAAAGCUGAGGGGAAAAUAAUUAAAAAGAGUAGUGGGUUCUCUGGUAAGGGAUUCAAGUUUGAUGAAACAGAACAAGCUUUGGCUAAUGAGAGGAAGAAGUUACAAAAAGCAGCUCUUGGUCUGCAAGAUUCAGAUGAUGAGGAUGCUGCAGUUGACAUUGAUGAGCAAAUUGAAAGCAUGUUUAAUUCAAAGAAGAGAGUAAAGGAUAUGGCUGCUCCUGGAACAUCAAGUGUUCCUGCUCCAACUGCAGGAAAUGCUGAGAAAUUAGAAAUUGCUAAGAGAUUGGCUCUCAGAAUCAAUGCCCAGAAGAAUUUGGGCAUCGAGUCUCAGGUAGAUGUGAUGCAACAGGCCACCAAUGCAAUUCUUAGAGGUGGCACCAUUCUGGCUCCCACUGUUUCUGCAAAAACCAUUGCAGAACAACUUGCGGAAAAGAUCAAUGCCAAGCUCAAUUAUGUGCCUUUAGAGAAACAAGAAGAAGAGAGACAGGAUGGUGGACAGAAUGAAUCUUUUAAGAGAUACGAAGAAGAAUUAGAGAUCAAUGACUUCCCACAGACUGCUAGGUGGAAAGUUACCUCUAAGGAAGCUCUACAGAGGAUCAGUGAAUACUCUGAAGCCGCAAUUACAAUCAGAGGAACAUACUUCCCUCCUGGUAAAGAACCCAAGGAAGGCGAGCGGAAGAUUUACUUGGCUAUUGAAAGUGCCAAUGAACUGGCUGUGCAGAAAGCAAAGGCAGAAAUCACCAGGCUCAUAAAAGAAGAGCUGAUCCGGCUGCAAAAUUCAUACCAACCAACAAAUAAAGGAAGAUACAAAGUCUUAUAGACAUCCGGAAAAAAGAUUUUUACCUGUGCUGGUCUAUGAUAGAUGUGGCAGUUGCAGUCUGCAGUUUACAAUGUAUUGUAAAUUAAGAUUUUUUAAAAUUCUGUCUUGCUGAUUUUUUUUAAAUACAAGAAACUAGUAUUUGGUAAAGAAAUCUGUCCGUAAGUACCCCCACAAUCAAUCAAACUAUAUUUAAAGCUGGCCUGUUUUCAGAGUGUGAUGUCCUUUAAUGUAAACUUAAAUAUCAAUAUUUUAAAUGUCCGGAUAAUAUUCUAGAGGUUUAAAAAAUGGAAAUAUUUGAACUUUCUAUUGAAGACAAUAAAGUACACAAGUCGUUAAGGGGCUAUUCACUUUAUCCUGUACUUUCAAUGAAAUUGUGAUCAUUUCCUAAGAAAAGGUAAAAUUCACUAUCUUAUUUUGUGUCCCCACCUUGAGCUUAAAUGUUACAUGACUGUGUGGAACAAUAUGAACUGGAUUUAAGAAUGUUAUAAUAGAAGUCUUACAAAAUAGGAUGAGAGUUUUUGUUUCAAUUUUUAUCAUCAUAAAUGGGCAAAAGUAGUUGGACUAAUUUCGGUUUUUAUACAAGUAAAGAUUUAAUAGUAUAAGGAUUUUUUGCAUUUCUUUACACUGAGUGUAAAACUGUACAAAGAGUUUUAGUAUUUACUACUUUGAGGUUCCCCUCACAACUUCUGGCUCCAUACCUAGCUCCUCUUUUAUAAUCUCCCUUAAAAGAAAGAGUGUAGCCUAUAAAUAUUAAAUAUAAUAACUUUUCCUUCUAGAAAGUGUUUCUUUAUACAUCUAUACAUGUUGUAUUUACAAAUAUCCUACUACUUUUAAUCUGAUUUUUCUUCAGGAUUAUUGAGUAGGUUGUGAAUUUUCUUUCUCAAAAAUUGUGAAACAUAAUGCUACCCAAGUUUUAAACUUAGAUGUGCUUCAUCUUAGUGAAAUAUAAUUCACAAGGAAUCAUAAAUUGUAUUUUUGAGGCUGGGCGUAGUGGCUCACACAUGUAAUCUCAGCAAUUUGGGAGGCCGAGGUGGGCAGAUCACUUGAGAUCAGAAGUUCAAGACCAGCCUGGACAACAUGGCAAAACACUGUCUCUACUAAAAAUGCAAAAAUCAGUCGGCAUGGUGGUAGGCGCCUGUAAUCCCAGCUACUCAGGAGGCUGAGGCAGGAGAAUCUGAGCCAGGAUCACACCAUUGCACUCCAGCCUGGGCAACAGAGUAAGACUAUCUCAAAAUAAAUAAAUUAAUUAAUUAAUUAAUUAAUUCUAUUUUUGAGCCUUUAAGAUACAGUUCCUGAAUAUUCUAAUUUAAAUUGUUAUAAUUGGAUUACCUAAUAUUCUUUUCAAGACUCCUGAUGUAUUCAUGUUAUUGUCACUUUUCAAAAAAGAACUUUUUUCAGGAGUUAAAUAGAUAAAGUCAGCCUUUUAUAUCCAAGGGUUUCAUACCCACAGAUUAAACCAACCACCGAUCAAAAAUAGAAAAAAAAAAGAAGAAAAAAUAAUGUAAAAAAUUUAAAAUACAGUUUAGCAGCUGUAAAACAGUUUUACUAUAACAUUUACAUUGUGUUAGGUAUUUUAAGUAAAAGUGAGUUAAAGUAUACAGGAGGAUGUGCAUAGGUUGUAUGCAAAUAGCAAGCCAUUUCAUAUAAGAGGCUUGAACAUCCAUGGAUUUUGGUACAGAGAAGGGGUUUAAGGGGUGUCCUGCAGUCGGUCCCCCUCGGAUACCAAAGGACGGCUGUGUGUUUCUUAAAUGAAGAGACUUUCAUUCUUUAAAUAUUCUUGACUUACAGUUUUUUAAAAAGAAAAAAAAUAAAAGCAUAUUAUAGUUGUUAAAACAAAUAAUUUUAAUAGUAUAUUCAGUAGCUGAAGUGAUAGGGAGUAUUAAUCAUUAUUUCUUCAGUAUAAAGGUAUUCUUCCUGAAAAAGUAAGAUAUGCCUGGGAAGUAUUCUUGGAUCCUUCACACAUCCACUUAAAUUCUUGAAGGAAGAAAACAGACAAAAGACAUGUAACAACAAAAACAAAUAAACCACUUACUGUAAAAUUCCAGGAAUUGUGGGCUCAUUCCCUCCCUCUAGUUUAUUUAUUUGCUCAUCAUUAUCACCUAGUGGUAGUUUGUUUUCUUUGGUAGAAUAUAUGGCAGUCCCACAUCAGUGAUAAUUGGUGCUCCCUUCAUCCGACUGGAUCACUUUGAGAUUCAGUUUUACAUCAUUUUAGCAUUUUCUUUGUGUUUGUAUAUCAGUUGUGAUAAGCCACUGAUACAAUUUUGUUCUAAAAUGAAACAUAUUACUUUGUUAGUACAUUUUUUAGUGUCACACUGACUUAAAAUUUGAAUGAUAUACAGACUUUGUUUUUUUAAUGCAAUAUGAAUAUUUGCUCAUGUUUUCUAAAUUCCUUAUAAAAUAAAAUUAAUUCGAAUUCAA